GAAAAGAAAAGAAAAGAAAGGAAAGGAAAAGCUUGAGUAUCUCUUUGUCUUUGUCACUCCCCUCUCCUCCAUUGUUUAUAUUUUCGGAUUCAAUUCCAAGCCCACCUCUCUCUUCUUUCUCUCUUUUCCUACUCAGGUUUUCAUUCCCUCUCACUCUUUCUCUCUCCCUCCAAAUACCCCAUAUAUAUAGUAAACAAAAAAACAAAAAAACAAAAAAAAAAAAAAUCAAAAAUCUUUUUUCCAAAAUGUAUGGAGAUCAAAAUGGCUGCAGCUUUGAUCCGGAAGAAAAUGGUGCACAAUCAGAAAAUGGGUUUUCCCAAACACAACCAAACAUGAACCCCCAGCUUCCCUCUCAGUCAUCCUCCUUCAAGCUUCAGGAAGGGACUGGCACCACCACCACCACCAUUGACAACCAAACCGGCUUUGCUGUUGAAGAAAAUCUCAUGCUUUCCAUGGAAGAAUUUUCGUACCAUCAAACUCACCACCACCACCACCACCGUCAUCCUCCGCAAGAUGAUAUCCUUGCUGCUGCCACCUCCAUGGAUAUGGAGCUUCAGCACCAGUUGGCACUUGAGGCCUUGGAGAGCUCUUACAACAGCAUUGGCGGCAACAACAACACCAACUGGGUCGACCCACACUUGCCGGAAUCUCCAUACUUUCCGGCACCGGACCUUCUCAACCUCUUCAAUUUGCCCAGAUGCUCACCUUCCUCUUUGCUCCCAAAUUCUUCUUCCAAUAUCACAUUCACUCAGAAACCCACAACAAAUUUCCAAAAUUCCUUGAGUUUUCUUGGUGAUUGUCAUCAUCUUCCAACUGGAGUAGUAGCGGACAGCGCUUCUGCAUCCUCUGUCCUCUAUGACCCUCUGUUCCAUCUGAACUUGCCUCCACAGCCUCCAUUGUUCAGAGAGCUUUUUCAGUCAUUACCAAACGGCCAUAGCUUGCCAGGCUCCAAAAAUGGUUCCCUGUUCAGCAAUGGAGGGGAUGAAAUGGAGGCAGAUGGAGGGGUUUAUCAAGAAGGGUCUGAUGGGAGGCAAUUUGAGAAUGGAGUUUUUGAGUUCACCGCUCAUAUUGGCGAAGGAAGGGACGGCAAAGGGACCAAACAUUUAGCAACUGAGCGGCAAAGAAGAGUGCAAUUGAACGACAAGUACAGAGCAUUAAGGAGUUUGGUUCCAAAUCCAACCAAGAAUGAUAGAGCUUCAGUGGUGGGAGAUGCUAUAGAGUAUAUAAGAGAGCUGCUGAGAACAGUGAACGAUCUACAAUUACUGGUGGAGAGAAAGAGAUGCGGAAGAGAGAGGAUCAAAAGGCAAAAAACAGAAGAAGAGAGUGCAGCAGGAGCAGAUGGGGACGUUGAGAGCUCAGACAUUAAGCCUAGUAAUAUUGUGGAUCCAGCCGACCAGUCCUACAACAGCUCUUUAAGAAGCACAUGGCUUCAGAGGAAAUCCAAAGACACCGAGGUCGAUAUUCGUAUAGUGGACGACGAGGUGACCAUUAAGCUUGCUCAAAGGAAGAAGAUCAACCUGUUGCUGUUUGCGUCCAAAGUGCUUAAUGAGCUCCAGCUUGAUCUUCACCAUGUUGCUGGUGGCCAUGUUGGGGAUUAUUACAGCUUCUUGUUCAACAGCAAGAUCUAUGAAGGCUCUUCUUUGUAUGCUAGCGCCAUAGCCAACAAACUGAUUGAGGUUCUGGACAGCCAAUACGCAGCCGUUCCACCUACCAACAGCUAUUAGCUAGAGGACAGAUAUUGAAUUGCUUGUUAUAUAUUUAUACAUAUAUAUAUAUAUAUAUAUAUACCGAAUCUAUGCAGCUUCUAUAAGUUUUCUGUCUUGUUUAAAAUCACAUUGCAGGGGACUGCUGAUUUUAACUUUAUAGUAGCAAAACUUUCUAUUUGGUAGGAUUUGGAUGGAGAAUAUAGUAGCAUAGGAAUAUGACUUUCAUUACUCUUUAAGGCUAAGCUAGAAAAAUGGUAGUUUGAUUUUCCUCAUUAUGCAAUUUUGGUAGUACAUGUUUCACUGUUAUGGUUUAAGUUGCUUAAUUAAUUAAUUAUCAA